GUGGCGGCGUAGCUAAAUGACAGUUAAAACAGUUAAACGCGAAAUACUCACGAUACGCGUUUGUUUUACCGAAGACUUCGCUAUCUUCAAUAAAGAAGAAAUGCGUGCUCUUUAGUGAGGCGCGCGUGUGUUAGUGAGCCUGCCGUGAUUUAAAGUGAGCGACUAUGGAGAAAAAACAGCCAGAAAAAAGUCGUCCUGAUGUGGGGAUGCUUCGUCCCUACCGUCCAGGCUUGCCAAGCCAGGGUCACAGAGACGAACUUCCCCAGUUAAAUACCGUCCCGUCUCUCAUUAGUAGACCAGGCACAAAUCGGCAACAGAAAGAUAACCAUCCAUCUGUAUCUAAGAUCAUUCAUCCUAGAGGACAUCACAGAAACAAAAUGACCACUUUGCCCUGCAUUUUCUCAAAUCUCUCAUAUGCUGAAGACCCGGUGGGCACAAGAUUACUGGGCCAGGAAGGAAACAAGUCCCUCUUUCUUAAACAAUCUGUGUUAAGAAUGCUUCCUGUCCCACCCAGUGCUAUGGAGGAGCAGUUGCAUGAAAUCCAGCAUGAGACAGACUUCCACCCUGGAAGUUACUGUCCAAAAGUUCAGAUGCCUUAUGUUUGCCCUCCAGGACAUGUGCCUCGGAAGAUUGAGAUUGAGAGUAUGGAAACUCUUCUGUGUAUGAAAUGCUUCUGGGCAACUGAACUCCAACGUAAGCCAAUAGAAUUGGUGUUUACACACAUGCUUCAGACACCUUUCACACAGAAGCGUUUCCAUAGUGACAGUGCCAUGAAGCAGUGUUGA